CAGACACAAGUUCUAACAAAUGUGCAAGCAAGACGCAUCAUUAUCAUGGCUGUGGACGGAGAAGACCUGAUUGGCAACUUGACUCAGUUCAAGAAGGAGGACUUUGAGAACGAAUGGAUUACUAUAGCUCUUGGUGGAUUUGGAAAAGUGUACAAAGUGAGGCACAAGAAGUGGUGGUCGGUCUAUGCUGUGAAAUGUUCAACUGCAUUCUAUGGAGAUCCGGAACUUGACAGCAAAACCUGUAAGAACUUAAUGGAAGAAGCAUCCAAGAUGGAGAAGAUAAAAUUCAGAUACAUUGUCCAAAUUUAUGGAAUUUGUAUAAAUCCUCUGGGAAUUGUGAUGGAGUAUAUGGAGAAUGGAUCCCUAGAGAAGCUGAUUCCCACACAUACCCUCAGCUGGCUGCUAAAGUUCAGAUUCAUUCAUGAGAUAGCCCUAGGAAUGAACUUUCUCCAUAUUAUGAGUCCUCCACUUCUCCACUUGGACCUAAAACCUGGGAACAUUCUUCUGGAUGAGCAUCUGCAUGUGAAGAUUUCUGAUUUUGGCCUUUCAAAGUGGAAGGAAAACUCAACUCGGAAGGAAUAUAUAGAAAGAUCAGCAAUCAAAGGAACCCUAAGCUACAUCCCACCAGAGGUAUUCCUGGAAAGCAGCAGGGUGCCAGGAAUCAAAUAUGAUGUGUACAGCUUUUCCAUUGUUAUGUGGGAGCUUCUGACUCAGAAAAAGCCUUUUAUAGGGAACAGCAUGAUGACUGUGAUAAUAAAAGUAGCAGCAGGACAUCGGCCUCCUUUGGAGGAUAUUUCUGAGAAUCGUCCAGUGGAAUGUCAGCAGAUGAUUGACUUAAUGAAGAGGUGCUGGUAUCAAGAUCCCAGUAAACGGCCAAGUUUCUCUGAUGUUAUUGUUGAAUCCCACAUGUUACUCUGCUUAGUGCAAAGUCCUCUCCCAGAACAUGAAGCUGCUGUGCACAAAGCUGAAGGCAAUCCUCUUAAGGCUUCAACGGCUGUAUUGCUCUUUGGAAGCAGUGAUAACACCAUACGGCCAUCGUCUCCAAGCUCUCUGAGCAGAGGAACAGAUAGCUUGCUUAACAACCUCUUACAAACCAGCGAUAUGUCCUGGGUGGAUGAAAAUAAUUUCACUCUGCUCCACUUUGCGGUUUCUGAAGGAAACUUUGAGAGGGUAAACCAUUUUCUCACCUUGAAUGCUAAUGUAAAUAGCCAAACAGUGAGUGGUUCCACACCUCUCAUCUUGGCAGUGCAGCGAAAGUUACUAGACAUAUGUACUUGCUUAAUAAAGAAUGGAGCUGAUGUCAACAUAACGGACGAAGACAAGUGGUCACCAUUGCAUUUUGCAGCCCAAGGAGGAGAUGAUCGCAUAGUUCGGUUACUUUUAGACCAUGGAGCAGACGUUGAUGCUUUGGAACAGGAUGACUGGACACCACUGCAUUUGGCCUCCCAAAAUGGAUUUGAGAAUGUUGCCCGUGUUCUUUUUACACGUCAAUCCAACCCAAAUAGUCAAGAAAUAGAUGGAAAAACACCUUUGCAUGUAGCUUCCUGUUAUGGUCACUAUAAUAUUGUCAAGCUACUAAUCAGCCAGGGAGCUGACCCAGAUGGCAAACAAAAAGAUCAUAAGACUCCUCUCCACAUUGCAUCUGAUAGAGGUUACUUUCGAGUGGUACAACACUUGAUACAGAAAGGAGCCCAACCAAACUCCGUUGACCACAACUACUAUACCCCUUUGCAUAUGGCAGCUAUAAAAGGAAAGAGUUUGAUCUGCAAACACCUCAUAAAGCAUGGUGCCCAAGUUAACCUGAAAACGAACCAAGACUGGACACCUUUACACCUUGCAAUAUUUAAAGGACACACAGAGAUAAUCCAUUUACUUAAAGACAAUGAUGCCAAAGUAGAUGCUGUUGGAGAUAUGAAAUGGACUCCACUCCAUCUGGCUGUUCGUUAUAGUGAAGACUCCAUCAUUUCUCUUCUACUAGACAUGGGAGCUGACCCAAAUGUAGCUGAAAUGUCUGGCUGGACACCACUUCAUUUUGCUGUUCAAAGGGGGUCCUUUUGCAGUGUUAUUAAGCUAAUUGAAAGCAAAGUUGAUGUUGAUGCUCAAAACAUGUUUGGCUGGACACCAUUACAUGUAGCCGUACUAAAUGCCAAUGCAGCAAUUGUAAAGACAUUACUCCGGGCCAAUGCCAAACAGAAUAUAGAGGACAGCAGUGGUUGUACCCCAUUACAAUUAGCAAUUAGAAAUCAAAAAGACCACAUUAUUGCUCUCCUAGAAGGAGGGCCAGACACUUCUUCCAGCAGCUCAGCCGAAGAUGAUUUAGGUCCUUUCCUCAAUUUCCAGGAAUAGAAUGUAACCUGGAACAUUUCCACCAUAUUCCUAUUUAUUCAUAAUCUUAUUUUUAGAAAAUACAGACUGUCAAAUACACCUAUUGCCAUGAAUAAAAGAGAAGUAAAAGUAGACAAUAUCAUUUAGUAUAGCCAAUUGAUGGCUAAUGCAUAAAGAAAAGAUGACAUUUGUAUGGGACAAACUUAGUAUGGGGUGAAGGAUGUUCUGCAAGUUCUAAUGAAUUUCAAAGCUUUCUGCAUUUUAUAGCUUACUUGUCGUAAAGAGGUAUUCCCAUUUUGGAAUGUUGUGGCUUAUCUGUAGGAUAUGUUACAAUAUUCUAACAUGUAUGCGUCUAACCUCUGGGACCUUUACUAAUCCUUUCAAGUGAAUAGGGCCAUAUUGUAAUUUCCUGGACAGUGUGUGAAACAUGCAGGGUUCUGAGGUUUGUUGGAAAUACAGGCCCCACUGAAGGGGUAAUGAUGGCACUUCCUAUUAAGAUAACAUCACUACCGAUAGUGAAAAAAGUAACAGAUGUGUCCUUCCUUACACUCCACUUGGCUCAACAUAUCCCGAGAUGUGUGGUGUGAGAUAUUUUUCAAAUCUUGGGCUACUUUCACACUAGCUUUUUUACUGGAUCCAGCAGGGUUCAGCAAAAACGCUUCUGUUACUGAUAAUACAACCAUCUG